UUCUCUACAAGCUCUAAUCUUAAUAGACAUUUAAAAGUCCACCAAGGUAUUAGGUUUGCAUGCGAAGAAUGUGAUUAUGACUUCAAGUAUCAAGGGAAUCUAUCCAGACACUGCAUUGCCAAAUACACUGGUGCGAGGCGAAACAGGCGUCCAGGAAAUCCUCUUCAACAAAGGGCAUCGGUUAUUCAGCACACAUCACACAUGCCUUCAACAUCUGGUUUAGGUCGACAGGCAGAACAACAGUUUUGGGGAAGCGCAGACGACGAAACAUUUGUCCAAGCCGAAAAUAAUAUGGCGUCAACUUCAAGAGUUGCUACAGGUGUAGAUAAAAGAUCGUUGGAAGAACUGUGUGACAGCGAAGGCGAUGAGGCAUGCUUGCAGGCUCUUGAUAGUAUAACGGGCAACAGAGAAAACAACGCAAAUAAUAAACGGUUGAAAAGUCACCGUUUAGCUGCAGUAACGAGAGAAGGAUUCGUUUUGACCACCACAGGGUUUAGAGGUUUAUGUAAAGCCUAUUAUAAGAAAAAAUUUAAUCAAUUAGCGGACUAUGAAUCUUUCUUGGCUGAAACCAAACCUCAACUAAUCGAACUUCUUACAACACUCGUUGCUGAAAAUGCCAUCAAAUAUACGUUGAAACUUGAGUCGACGUACAAAAUCCCAUCCACCGAGGUUCUUGAAAACCGGGCUUUCAAGACGUGUGCGAGGACAUUGCUACCUGAGACCAUCAUUGAAGACCAAAUAACUGAUGACUUUAACAAGUUAUUAGUUGAAGAAGAAGACAUGGCUGGCAAAGGAUCUGGGUUUUCUCUGGAAAAGAUUGAUGGUAUAUUAGUAGAUGUGUUUCAAUAUUCGCCUUUCGGUGGCUCAUCGUAUAUACCACUCCCGGAAGCCAUUGAAAAUAGGAAAGCAACAGUCAAUGUACAAAACACGGAUCAGCAAUGUUUUCGAUACAGUAUAUUGGCAAAACACGUGACUACAGCUAACCCGCACAGAGUAACACACUAUGAAGGUAUGACAGACCGGUACAACUUUGCCGGAAUUAGUUUCCCCACUCCGUUGUCCGAAGCAAAGAAAUUUGAGAAGAAUAAUAAAGAAGUGUCCAUCAAUGUUUAUGGUUUCAAGAAAGGUAAUCGUACGUAUAAAAACAAGGCGAAGAACAACAUUCCUAACCAUAACAAUGAAAAAAAAGAUUACAUUAUUAUUCCAUACCGAGUAUGCACCAUUGAGCAACCGAAUCAUUUCGAUCUGUUAUACUUCGAUGAUGGGAAAGGCAACUUUCAUUAUUGCUAUAUCAGAAACCUGACACGACUGGUCGGUCAGCAAAUGUCAAAAAAUAACAAAGAAAAGGCCAUAUGCAGACGAUGUUUCAAGACUUAUGUGGAUGAAGCAGGAAAAGCCCAAAAGGAAUCCAGACUGGACGAGCAUAGAAGAAUAUGCAACAAAAAUGAAUCUGUAACGCCAAUUCUACCCCCACCAAAAACUUAUAUGAAAUUUGAAAAUUAUGGUAAUACUCAAAAACAUGAUUUGUGAUUUAUGCGGAUUUUGAGUGUUUGUUGAAGAA